AUGCUGGAGAAGGUGGACAAGGUGAUCAUCGGCGGAGGCAUGGUGUUCACCUUCCUGAAGGCACGCGGCCUCUCGGUCGGGAACUCCCUGGUGGAGGACGACCUCAUCCCAGUUGUGAAGAAGCUUGGAGGAGCAGGCCAAGGCCAAGGGCGUCGAGAUCAUCCUCCCGAGCGACAUAGCUGCGGCGACGAGUUCCCCGCGGGGGGCAAAGAGGUGAACUACAAGGUGGUGCCCGCGGAUGAUAUCCCGGACGGCUGGCUCGGCCUGGACAACGGCCCGAAGGCGACCGAGGAGAUCAAGGCUGCUCUGGCGGAUUGCAAGACGAUCAUCUGGAACGGCCCGAUGGGCGUGUUCGAGAGCCCGCAGUUCAGCAAGGGCACCUACGACGUGGCGGAGUUGCAUCGCCGAGCUGACGGAGAAGAACGGCGCCAUCAGCAUCAUUGGUGGCGGUGA